GCAGUGUUGUUGCUAUACUAGUUUGUACACACUAGUUUGUAUAUUACACAGCAUAGAAGCAACAACUAUUUAAUUUUCAGUCUUCUCUAAGGUCUCAACAUGAAAAAUUUGGUCUCGAUUUUUGUAUUGAUAGUUAUUUUUUCAGUCAUUAAUGCUAAUGACAAUCCUCCGCCGAAAAAUAGUAAUAAGGAUGAAAGUGCUUCUAAACAUAAUGAAACAAAUGAUAAAGGUUUAACACCGGAACAAGCAGAUCCUGUUGUAAUCGUGGAAUCAGACGAGAAUAAGGAAGAGAUCCAUACAAUACCCGAAUCCGUGGAAGAAAAGAUCCAUGUAACACCCGAAUCUGUGGAAGAUACAUUACCCGAAAUAGAACCUAUACCCGCUUUUGGUACUGGAUUCUCUGGGUAAAUGAAAAUAAUUUUCCAUGCACACUGGAAAAAAAAUUACAGAUUAACUAUGCAUUGAAACUUAUUCAUUAGUAAACUUGUCAGCAUAUCUGUUACGUAAUUUCCUAACAUAAAAGAAUUAUGUAUUUUCAACUAUUGCAUUUAGCCUUUAAUACAUGUUUAACAUUAUGUUGAAGUAAAACGAAUUUACAUGGAAAGUUGUGUUUAAUGAUGUAAAAUUUUUUUAUUUCUUUUAAUUUAAUAAAC